CGCGGCACCGCGCUGCCUCCCGCCGCUCCAUGGCCCCGGCCGCGGCGGCGGAGCCCAGCGCCCGCCGCCCCCGGGGCACCGGCCCCGGCCCCGGCCCCGGCGGGAGGCGCACGGCUCGGCGGCCGCCGGAAUUGUGGCUGUGCCGGAGACGAUGACUGCAGGGAGCGCCGAAUCCAACGGGCCCAUGCGGGAAGCGGAGCCCAGAGGGCCCAAGGUGCCGGUGCCCCCCGUGCCCCCGCGGCGCCGGGGCCGCCUGCGGCGCCAGCCCCCGACAGAGCCCCCACUGAAGGGGCAGCUCCGCAUGCGCUCACCCGCGGGCGCCUUCGUCAUGGUGGGCAUCUCUGUGGUCCUGGUGGGCAUGACCAUUGCCGUGGUGGGCUACUGGCCUCACCGGGGACACGGGGGCGCCGAGGCCAGCGUGGGGAACACCAGUGUGGUGGGGGACAUGAGGAGGGAGGUGGUGGCUGGGCGCCACGUGCCCCACAGUGAGAAGCUGAAGCUGAUCGGCCCUGUCAUCAUGGGAAUCGGGCUCUUCAUCUUCAUCUGUGCCAACACGAUGCUGUACGAGAACAGGGACAUGGAGACCCGGCAGCUGAUGCAGAAGGGGCUCUACAGCCUGGCAGUGGGGCUGCCUGGGGGGACCAGCCCCGAGGAUGGGCACUGCCUGCACAGGGACAGCCAGCCCUUCCCCAAGGCCAACGCUGAGUGCGUGGAGGGCUGUUACCAGGUGGACCUGUCCUGUCAGCCCUGCCCCAGCCCUGGCAGCAAGUGGUCUGACUGCUACGGCCCCAACCGGCUCCAGGCCAUGGCCGAGUUCCUGCAGCACCCGGCAGCUUCACCCGCGGCCUCUCUCCACAGCCUCCGCUCCACCGAGGCCAACCUGAGCCUCCCGCGCGGCGCCGGAGCCGAGUCCCUCCUGUCCUCGGCCGUGGGGGCCCUGACACUGCCCAUCAUCAAACUCAACAACUGCCUCCUGGACGGGGCAGCGCGGGGGGCUGGCGGGAGGGCACAGAGGGGCCCUGCUGAGCGUCCUCCCAAAACAUCACAGCUCUCCAUCGGUGACAGCACCGCACCCUGCGGCCACGACGCUGAUGGUGGCGGUGGCCACGUUGUCAUCAGCAUGGGUGACAGCUGUCCUGGCAUGGAGCCGCUGGUGGAGCUGAGCCCCGAUGUGCACCUCCACACCCCGGGACACUCCAAAUCCCUGGACCUUGGCCGGCCGGGGGUGCUGCUGGUGGCCCCCAUCAAGGACCGCAAGAACCGGAGCUGGCCCCGGCUGGACCACGUCAGCCUCGUGGGCUACGCCAAACUGGAGAGCACUGGCGAGUCCUCGGACCAGCUGCUGGAGCCCAGCGAGUGCCCAGGCCAGGGCCAGCCCCUGCCCAGCUCCUGGGUGGUGGGCAUGGAGCAGGGCACACGGGUCUAAUGUCCCCAGCACCUUUGGGGACUGUAACAUCCCAGUCCCUCAUCCUGGCCUGCGGUACCCACCACAUGCAAGAGGGGUUUUGGGGGUGGCAUUUUUACGCCAAUGCCAAGAGGAAGGUCCUGACCCUCUGCUCCUGAGUGAGGACUCGCCUAGGUGGGAUGUCCUUCCGGGUGGAUGCCCUUGGCCUUACAAGACCUUUUCCUGGUGGCUUUUCUAGAGGAGUCCUCACUUUGAGAUCCCACACAAAUUGUGGGAUAGGGACAUGGGGGCAGGUGAAGCCCCACCAGCCCCCACAGCACUUUAUCUCAGUAGGUUUGGGGUGGGGAGAUGCUUUGGGGGGUGAUGUCCCCUUGUCCAGCCUCAAUCCACCAGAAAAUUUGCUUGGCCAGAGCACGUAGGCCCAACAGGGCUAUUAAAUAUUAUCUGGAUGCCAUGUGGUCCUGCCUUGCCUCCUCCUCUUGCCUGUGGGAUGCUUGGGAGGGGCAGUGCCUGUGGCCGUCUGUCCAGAGGGUCCGUGAGACCUUGUGCCCCCACCCAGACUCCACCGGAGAAGGGAUGCUCCAUAACCAGCUGCUCAGCAUUCAGAGGAUGGGGUGAUAAGUGCAAGGUUUGGGAUUUUUAUGGAGGGAAGGGAUGUAAAAGGUGCCCAAGGAGCUGCAGGCAGUGAGCAAGGUGCUGCUGCCCACCUGGGGUGCAGCAAUUCUGAGAGCCUCUCAGUGGAUCUAGGUUUGUUUGUGCUGGGUUUUGGUGGCAUGGAGGAUGCAGGUGGUGGGAGGAAGGAUAUGAAGGGGCAGAGAGUUGGGGGAGUGUCAGUGCUGGUUUUGCCAGAGUGCUGUUCUGUUAUUUGGUGCCUGUUGGAUGCAGAGCUCUAUGGGAUGAGGCCAGAGAGGCAGCCUCAGCACAGGGUGGAUUCCUGGAGAAAAGGGAGCUGGGGCUUCAUCCCAUCCCUUCUUACUCCCUCCUGCUCUCUUGGGCAGGAGGAGCCCCAGGAUGCCAGGGCAUGUGGAAGGAUGGAUUGAUGUGGAAGGACUGGGACAGCUCUGCUCUCCAGCAACUCGGGAGGCUUCAAAAUGGCUGUGGCAGCCUAGAUGGGAUCUUUGCCUUUUGCCUUCCCAAAACCAGGGCCUCUUGGGAUGACUGAAAUCUCUUUUAUCUGUAUG